UUUUGUAAUAUCAAAACUUAAACACCCAAAACUCAAAAACAUCAUCCAUUCAUAACCCACUAAGAAGAAAAAAGAAAACUCAUGGAAGGUUUAAUCCCAUUUCUCCUUCAUGCUAUGAAGAAACAGAGGCCUCACCACAAUAGUUUCCGGUCCCUUUCCGACACCUCUAACCGGAGCUACCACUUGCUCGUCGGAGCUGAUUCCAUCGAGGGCUCAUCUCAUCGGAGAACUCGAUCGGAGUUUCAGCCUCCGGUCACCACUGUUGAUUUCUUGGAUCUGCCUCAGCCUAGAAGCUUCAAUAACAGAGCAUCUUCUCUGCUUUCCCCUGUUUCCAACCAGAAUGCUUCCAGAUUGCAAUUUGGUUCUAACAUGGCUGCUACAGACAAUUUACAAGGGACGAUUUCUGUUGAUAAUCUCCGUCAUAGGAAAUUCUGAU